AUGGAGAUGGCGACUAGCGAGGUACAUUCAAAGGGUGACCGUGAAUUUGAGAGUGUAGAGUUAGGGGAUAUUCGAAAGAAGAGGAAAAUUCCUCGGCGAAUUAUCCAUUUUGCGAGUGGUGAAACUAUGGAAGAGUAUAGUACUGAUGAGGAAGAGGAGCUGCAAGAAAGAAAAGAAGUUUUGCCAGCAGCUGACCCGUCAAAGUUAACCUGGGGACCAUACCUCUGGUUUUAUAUGCUGCGUGUGGCAACAUCAACUCUUUCAGUUUGUGAUUUCUUGGGAGAGAAGAUAGCUUCUGUGCUGGGUGUCAGUACCCCGAAGUACCAGUACGCUAUUGAUGAAUACUACAGGAUGCAGAAAGAGGCAGAAGAAGAGGAGGAAGAGAAUGAAAUGUCAGACAAAGCAGAGCAGCAAUAUCAGGAGCAGCAAACCAAAAAGCAGAAUGAAAUCGCUACAGCAACAGAGCAGCCAGAUCCCACCGCCAGCUCCUUUGUCAACAUCAGCUUUGUCAUGGAAGAAGGGGAUGCAGUCAGUCUGUCCAAAAAGCAGGAACUUUCUGCUGUCCCCACCUAGGAGAGAAUGGCUUUACUCUUUGUGCUGGGAACUGAAGGGAAACCCACUCCUGCCAAAAACUCAGUGCCUUCCUCAGAGACGUAUGUCCAAACAGAAGGUCUAGGCCCAUCCAGCUGUAACUUGUACCAGUGAUAUUAUUGGCAUAGAUCAGUACCUAUGAUGAUUCUGGCAUGCAGUUUGUUAUUGAAGCAACUGAAAAUAUAAAAACACCCCCUAUGUAACAAUAACAUACUAGAUUUACUGUUUUACAGGGUCUUAAUGAAACUUUCAUGUGCCAUUCCCUAUACACAGCUUUGUGAGGAUUGGAUUAAACAUGGAAGAAACCAUGGUUAUUUUAUUAGGUAUGAAUGCAUUACCAAUAUUUGCUUUAUUCAAAGCUUAUUUAUGUUCAAGCCCCUUUCUGGAUGACAUCACCAUCACUUUCCCCCAUCACUAAGAUGUAUCUGGGCACUUUUGGAUAGCAGGGGUAACAAGCAAAGGUCAGGAUAAAAUGUACAUUUUUUUGAACCUACAUGACUUAAAGAGAAACUCCUAUAACUUCUAUUUAUUUUAGGGUUAUAUAUAACUGUGCCUUUAAGUUAUUGCAUGUUAUCUGAUAUUUCUAAUUGUUGCUUCAGAAAGAGUACCCAUGUAUAACUGCAGGGUGACUUAGUUGUUUUGUUAUAUACAUACAUAUAUACAAAGACUGUUCCUAAUCUGGCAUAAUAAAUAGAGUUGUUCCUUUAUAUUUAA